ACAUAGUUACCUGAGACGGCCGCGUUCUAGCCAACCAAGUGUCGACGUCAUUACCGAACUCUGGAGGAAUUUCACACAAUUUUCGCCUAGUUAUUGGGAAACUAGAGCCCUGUGUACUCAGUACCCUUCCCUGGGGCAUACCCGUUGAGAAUUUUCGGUUGUCUUGCUGGGAAUAGUGCGAAAACUGAUGACAUAAGUGAUAAAUACUACGGUAGAAUUAUUAUUGUGGAACGGUGGAAUUUUUAGGUGUGUUAGGAACGUUGUGCGAAAUAACUGUGCUGUGGAUUUCUUUUUCUUUUCUUUCUUGGCAGUUGCAGCAAUAUUGCCUGCAUAUCAACGAUGCUAGUCACCAAAACUCUCCCAAGUUUCCUGUAACUAACACAUCAUCUCUCUGUUGAAACCUUCAAGAGCAACCUCCAAGUCCACCAUGUCUGAAUCCACCCCGAUAUGCCGGUGCCGCGUGCUUUAUUUGGGUUCGAGUGUCCCGCAACAAACCAAAGAUGGCCUUCAAGGCAUUCAAGAACCUUUGCAAGAAUUAUAUCCUGAUCAAGGAGCAACAGGUGCUAAAGGAAUCGACUCGUGGUUGAGCGUUUGGUCGAAUGGAAUAUUACUGGAGAAUGUCGACGAAAAUCAUAAGAAGAUUACAAGGUUUUUUCCUAUCGAGAGCUUGCAUUACUGUGCGGCAGUUAGGUAUGUUCUAGUCCCAGAAAAAAACACACUACACAGUCCGAAUCCCAGAUUCCUUCCGUUGGACUCUCCAUUCGCUCGGACUCCCAACCCGACACAUCCUCCCCUUUUCGCCGCCAUAUUGAGAAGAACAACAGGUAUAAAAGUACUGGAAUGCCAUGCCUUCAUUUGUAAAAGGGAAGUCGCUGCCAAUGCAUUGGUAAGAUGUUGUUUUCAUGCCUACGCAGAUUCUUCUUAUGCGAAACAAGUGGAUACCGCAGGGAGUAUAUACGGGACCCUUGCUUCAGAGAGAUUGUCGAAUAAAGAUAAGAUUGAGGAAUGGAGGAUGAACAAAUCCCAGUCCGGCUCCACCAUGACCCUAAACACAAUAGCCAACUCGACAAAGGAUGAUAUCAGUAUCUACAACGGAGACGAGAAUCACAAAGUCUGGGCCGGUUCACAAGACAAUCUGGAUGGUAUUUACGAUGCGUACGCCAGCAGUACCAUCUCGAGACCCUCGAGACCUCGCCAAAUAGCACAACCAGUAUCGGUACCUCCCCCACCAAUGAAAGAAAAAAAGAAAAAGAAUAAAGGAAAGUCUUUGAGCGGUUCUCGGGAAGAAUUGUACCACCCUGUAAUGAACGGAAAAGCAAGUAGCGUUUCCGGUUCUAUGAUGAAACCCAGACCCAUGCCCCAAAUGGGUCCGGUUCCAGGACCUCAGCCUAUUUAUAUCAUGGCUCCUCAUCCAGGGACCUUACCGAACCCCAAGUUCUUUAAACAUCACGGUAAUACCUAUUCCCAUCGUCCAAGAGGUAAGGUUUUGAUCCCAGCCCGACCGAUACCACCACCAUUAGUACCCGUAGCUCCAGUCAUCAUUCCAACCCCAACGUUGCAAAAAAGCAAGAAGAAGAACAAACACCUGGAAGAACCUAUAUACAUGCCUAGCAAUAGAGCUCUCAGCCCUGUUGCCAGUUAUCAGCCUGUUAAUUUUCCCCACGAAGCGUACCUCAUGCAGCACUACGCCACCAUGGAGUCACAGGGAAAACAACAGCGGAAAAGUAAUCGGAAAAAGUCAUCGGAAGAAGUUAAAAUGAAUAAGAAACUUGCCCAAAGUAUGAACGGACUUGAUGAUCCCAAUUUGAUGAACGAUGAGUCACCAUACAACACUGGAAUUUACAAGAAAAAAGGGCACUUGAACGAAAGGGCGUUUUCCUAUUCUAUCAGGCAGGAGCAUAGGAGUCGGAGUUAUGGAAGCUUGGCGAAUUUGAAGUUUGCCACGCCCAUACCAAACGGACAUGAUGUAGAAGAUAGAGAAGAUAUCAAGAAAGAAAGAGAGAUAAUGCAGAUGGUUCAAGACUUGGACCUUUCUGGAGACGAACUAGAAAGAUCCGAAGUACCUAGAGGAAUGUAUGAAGCUAGAGGUAUACCACCAGGACCUGUUAUUGUGACAGCAUCACAGAUUAAUGGGAAAGGACAUCGACGAUAAGGUGUGAAUUUAUAAGCGUUUCCAUGGACAAAACAU